AUGUCUGGCUCGCCACAGAGACGCACAAAGCGAAUAAAGGCCGACUGCGACCGCGAGAACCGCGGUGUGCUGGACACGCUCGGGUUCACAGAGCCGCUCGCGCGCGGCAAGCCCGGCCGUUCGUCCAAGCCGCCGUCUGAGGCCGUCCCUUUGCAGCGCAAGGAUCCCAACGUUCGCACCUUGUCGACGCAGGAGUUCCAAUUGAGCGUCAAGACUCCGGACAAAAACGCGUCGCGCGCCAGCAGCGAGCUGCACCACCCGAGCAGCGACGACAACAUUUUCUGGGCGCUGACUCCGAGCAUCCAGAAGAACAAGGACAAUUCUGCCACCACGUCGGGCUGCGACAGCAUCGACCAGCGCGACGUUCUUUCGUCGCCCAUCGACGAGUCGCUGAACGGCGUGCAGCUGCUGGACCCGAAUCUCAAGAGUCUGCUGGACAAGUACGACAAUUCUGCAGAUGUGCACCGGACGCCCAGUAUCUCGCGGUCUGUGUCUGAUCCGCACUCGAUGGUGCACCGAAGCCUUGCCGCGAUCGGGGAGACGCCGAUUAUCGCGACGAAACAGAGCUUGAGCGAGAGCAUGCAGAAGAGCAUCAACAAACUGAAGGCGUCGAAACGGCUGGUGAAUAGCAGUGUUUUUGGCUCGCCCGCAGAAACGCCCACGCAGAGCGUGUCGCAGCUGCUGACGCUGAUUGGGAAGACGAUCCGCGAGGAGGCAGGAGUGCUGGACGAGAUGGACGAGACGGACGAGACGGACGAGACGGACGAUCUGAGCGACGUCGACAUGGCCGAGCUGGACCGGCUGACGACGCUGCGACGGACGCAGCGCGAGAAGAGCGCUUCUGCAGAGCCACCUGCCGAGCCGCCUGCUGAGCCUGUUCUGUCGGCCUCGACGCCGGCCGAGCUGUCGGACGGGCUGUCGGACGAGUUCAGCGACAACGGCGACGAGAUCUUUGCGGCCCCCAGCACGGUGUCGCUGCCGCAGUUCAAGGACAUGAAGCUGGAAAACGAGAACGCUGCCGUCUACGAAACGGUCGAAAACACCGUGCACUCGCAAAUCCAGAAACGCAACUGCCACCGCUACCAAAUAUCCAAAAUCGUCCGCACCAAGUACAAAGGCGGGCCGCAGCUGGUUCUCAGGUGCGUCGGCGAGGACGACAAGACGAAAAACAUCGUCGUACGCGACCUGUGGACCGAGCUGGAGUACCGCGAGGGCGACAUCGUUCACGUCGUGGUCGACAGCGCAAACGCGCAGCUCGUCGACAAGAGCAGCAACCUGCUGAUCUGGGGCCCGGACAUCCUUGUUUCGGCGACGAUGGCGGCGACCGCGGUCGACUGCAAGCGGCGCGCGGUGCUGAGCAGCAAGAUCCAGGGCGUUGGCGAGCACGCGGUGCCGCUGGUGCUGGGAAAUAUCGUCCACCAGCUGUUCCAGGCGUGUUUGAAAGAGAGCAAUGUCUCCGACGCAUUUUUCGACGAGUAUCUCGAAGAGCUGCUCGACGCCAACCAGAUCGCGCUCUACAGCAUUGGCGUGAGCCGGCAGGAGCUGAAAGCCACCGUUCUGGAGCACGUCGACUACAUCAAGGAGUGGGUGGCCACGUACACGCGCAACGCGCAAUUUUCAGGCUCUGUGCCGUUCCAGGCGUCCAAGGUUCUGGACAUCGAGGAGAAUAUCUGGUCGCCGAUGUACGGGCUGCGCGGGCUGAUCGACGUCGUGAUCGAGGCUUCGCUGCGCGACGGCAGCAAGGUGGUGGUGCCGAUGGAAAUCAAGACGGGCAAGGACUACAUCGCCAACCGCGCACAGGCCACGCUGUACACGCUACUGGUGAACCAGCGCUACGACGUCGAGGCGCGCUCGCUCGCGCUCGUGUACACCAAGAUGCGCCAGAGCUACUACGAGGCGAUCAACGCGAACGACCUGCGCAUGCUGGUCAACAUCCGCAACCACAUCUCGCAGUAUCUGAGCUACGGGGCCAGCGAGCUGCCGCCGAUCAAGAACCAGCCCAGCUGCGAGCGUUGUUUUGUCCUGAACGAGUGCAUGACGUAUAACAGGCUCGCGGAGCACGGGACAGCCGAAAAAAGCGGCCUCGACGACGGGCUGUACGAGAGUCUGACCGGACAUCUGAACAGACCGCAGUACCCUGAAUUUUUCAACCACUGGAACGGCCUGCUGUCCAAGGAGGAGGGUUUUGUCAACAGCUUCAAAAAGGACCUGUGGUGCUAUUCUGCCGCAGAACGAGAGCUGAAAGGCGGCAAGGCGGUUGGCGGACUGCAUCUCACACAGUGCCAGGAGGCAGACACCGCGAACGCGCGCGCCAAACGGUUUCUGUACACUUUUGAGCGCGACGACACGAUACACCAGCCGAUGAGCAACACGCAGCUGGCCAAACACGACCGGAUCAUCGUUUCCGACGAGAGCGGCCAGUUCGGGCUCGCGUUUGGGUUCGUCGAGACGCUACGGUCGAACGUGGUUGUGGUCAGCACCGACCGUCGUUUUGAGAACUCGACCGUCAAGCUGAGCAACUUCGACGCCGCACACAACCAGGUGUUCGAAAGCGUGCUCAGCGGAAGCAGUGCGGGCAGCGUGGGCGCUAAGAAGAAGACAUACCGCAUUGACAAGGACGAAAUGUUUCACGGCCUGGCUCUGGCACGGUUCAACCUGCUGAACCUGUUUCUUCCCGACGGAGACGAAAAAACUCGACGGCUCGUGGUGGACCUGGAGCCGCCACAGUUUGCAGAAAAGCCGCUGCUACAGGGAAAGUUCGACAGGUCCAGAUUCAAUACAGACCAGCUCAGAGCGUUCGACCGCGUGCUACGCGCACAGGACUACUGUCUGAUCUUGGGCAUGCCGGGAACGGGAAAAACCACCGUCACGGCCAGUCUGAUUAAAUGUCUGGUCGAGAACGGCCAGACCGUGCUGAUCGCGUCCUACACGCACUCGGCCGUGGACAAUAUCCUCGAGAAAGUGAUCGACAUUGUCGAAAACCCCAAAAUCCUCAGAGUUGGUGCUCCGAAGAAAGUCACUGAAAAAGUGCGCAAAUACUCGCUGUAUUCUACAGACACAAUUUAUCCUAUGGAGUCCGCCGAGGACUUCCGCCACGCGUUCCUCGAAACCAACAUCGUCGCCACCACGUGUCUCGGCAUCCAGGACACCGCGUUUAUUCACAGACAACACUUUGACUACUGCAUCAUCGACGAGGCGUCGCAGGUGUCCAUGCCGGUGUGUCUGGGCCCGCUGCGGUUUGCCGACAAGUUCGUGCUGGUCGGCGACCACUACCAGUUGCCCCCGCUCGUGAGGAGCGCCGAGGCCCGCGCAGGCGGCAUGGACAAGUCGCUGUUCCGGAUUCUGAGCGAAAAGUACCCACAGAGCGUCGUGGAACUGACACACCAGUACCGCAUGAGCGCCGACGUGAUGAUGCUGUCGAACUGUCUGAUCUACGACGGCCGGCUGAAGUGCGGCACGCCACAAGUCGCCAACCAGACGCUCCACGUCCCGUUCCCUGAACGAUUGCAAGAAGCGUGUAUCCAGGUUCCUAGACCGUUCAGAUGGAUGGACCAUGUGUUCGACCCGAAAAACCGCGUCCUGUUCCUCAACCACGACAGCGUUCCUGCCCAAGAGGUAGCCAACGGCGAGAAAAUAGAAAACCCUGUCGAGGCAGACCUGAUUCUGCAGAUCAUCAAGUGUUUGGUUUCGUGUGGAGUCUCUGCGUCCUCCAUCGGCGUGAUGUCCUUCUACCGCGCGCAGCUGCGGUACUUCUAUCGCGGACUCAGAAACCACCCGGACAUUGAGGUGCUCACGGCAGACCAGUUCCAGGGCAGAGACAAGGACUGUAUCAUCAUUUCGCUGGUGCGAUCGAACGAAAAAAACGUCGCGGGAGAGCUGCUGCGCGAGUGGCGCCGUGUGAACGUGGCCAUGACGCGCGCAAAGUCCAAGCUCAUAAUCUUGGGGAGCGAAAAGCUGAUGAAAACAAUUCCGCAGUUUGAAGGGUUCAUGAGUCUCGUUUCAAGCCACAACUGGGUAUACCAGCUUCCACGCGACGCCAGCGACGUGUACCGCGGCAUCUUCCACGACUUCGACCCCUCGCAGACCGAGUCGGCACGGACGUCUUCAGGCAAGACGGUGCGGAUCGGCACGCAAUCCAAGAUGGUGCAGAAAACCAUGGUGGUUAGAAAUGUGAUCCAGGAGUUUGCGUCCUGA